AUGUUAAAACCCCGGCUGUUCUGUAAACACAGAAUAUCCCUCACCAACCUACGAUAUAAAUCCUCCGACAGCAGACACACCUCUGUACCCAAAACUAUUCCCAUACACAAAUCUCGGAUAAGGAGCGUUCCUGGUGAUUUCCAGGUUAUCGAGGGUGAGAAGGGCUUGUUUCAUAUGGAAAUACCGUUCGGUAACUGGAGGGCUGCAUCUUUUGUGAGUUACUUUCCUACGGUUCCUUAUGUCCCAGAAGGUUUCAAUGAUAAGCGGACCAUCAAAUCUGAGAUAACGGGAGAAUCAUAUCACAUUGGAACCACUGAUUAUGCGGUAACCAGAAUAGCAGAAUGCGGUGGAUUGGACGCUUACCUUUUGAAAACUCCAGAGGAUGAGAUUGAUUCACAAUUCGGAGUUGAGCUGAAGCGGCUCAUCCUCACGAUAAUAGAGUCAGAAGAAUUACUGGAAUCUCCCAUCACUACAGACGAAUGUUUAAGACAAUCUCUCAAGUUGGAAGCAAUGCUAGGAUUCAAACUGUCAACUACCGACAGUAUGAUUAGUGACGUUUUGCAUGAGAAGGAUAUUGAUGAUGAUGAUAAUCUUAUAGGGAACAUUUUUGAUCAGUUAGACGAUGAGAUAUGAGCAGUUACUGUAUAUUUAGAGCACUAAUUGAGCUAGUUUUGAAUACCGGGCCGAGAUGAAAUAAAAAUUAAUGCAAACGUAAACUCAAAACUGUAUGAUUACACUAAAUUAGACACAGAAAAUAGUUACUUGAAUACUUACAGCAAUUUGUGACCCUUGAACCUUAGUAUUUGUAGAGGACCAAUGACAUUUGCAUGUUGUUAUCAAGCAGAUAUGUGCAAUUAUGAUGAAACUAAUUUAUUACUAACUUAUGUUUUCAUACUUUACGAAUUUACCGGUUUAUCAU